CCGGGCUUAUUGUUCAAAAUUUCACCUCGCGAUGCUUCUUUGUGAAGCACACACGGCACGUGCAGUGGCAUCCUAUUGUCAGAAAAUCUAUAUAAACGGUACAGCGGUCCAUGGUCAUGCAAUAUCCAUCCACCAGGACAAACCCACCUUCAUCCCCUGCGGCUUGCAGAAGCGCACUAGCAGACUUCCCGAGACACAGAAUCGAUAUGCAGUCUACCGACAGCGCUACGAGCGAUAGUAUUGCUGCUACUAGUAGCGAUACACGUAUCAUUCCACGGACAUCCGCCCCCAUCGCUGUCCCAGCCUGUAUUCCACACUUCUUGUACCACGGCCAGUAUGUCAGCACACAGUACUACGGCUUCGGCAUCGGGAGCGCCGAUGAAUGGGCCCGACUAAGCCGCGUGCUCGGGUUGCCGGAGGAGUUCGGACCGGAGAUCGCGGCCCGAAUAACUGAAAGGAUCAAGCAGCUUGUGGGCUUCGAACCCAGAUUCGCAUGCGGUCUCUUCAUGAAAGACGCACCUGAACCACUGCGCAAGGCUGCAGAGGUAUACGCUGCCGAAGAAUUUGAUUGGGAGCGGUCGCGACUGGAACCUGACAGCCCCGAGUAUCUCAAGGUGAAGCUCAAACCCACGCUUGUGGUGCAGGUUCUGGUGCUGUGCAGAGCCAAGAAUGAGAAAGUGGACGAGAAACGGAAGUUGCCUACGGAGGGGCAGCUCGAUCGAAUGAAGCGUUGGUUGGCGGAGGCUGACAUCUAUGAUGAGCCGUGUUGGUGGGGCAGUUCCAGGCCUUCCAAGCCUCCCACCGAAGUAGACUCCGACUCGGAGUCGGACUAGGUCGAUCUAGUAUACUUAGGACAUAUGUUGGGGUCGUUAAGUACGGCUUGUAACGUGGUAUCAUUACUCACGACGUGGAUAGUCGCAGCGUUCCCGGUCAAUGGUUCAAGUUGAUAGUGCCGAGCGCGAGAUUGGCGCACAUGUUCCUGAAUAAGCGCCAAAGGGACGCAAGUUA